CGCCGCUUCACAUGACGGGAGCGGGAGCGGUACCGGGGGCGGCACCGGCGGCCGCUCCGCGCCGCUUCCGGGUGUGCAGUCACGUGGGGCGCGACCCCGCGGCGUCACCGCGCCGAGCCGGAAGUCCCGGAGACCGACCGGGCGAGAGGGUCGCGACCCCUGCGAGCAUCACGGAGCCUCUCCGGUUGCUCCGCCGCCAUGGCGUCCAGCGGGGAGGAACCGAGGAGCGGCUCCCCGGGCCGGGCGGGCGCCGGCACCGAGGCGGCGGCGGACGCGGCUCAGCUGGACACGGCGGAGGAUUUCGAGGUCCUGGAAGAGGAAGAGGAGGAGGAGGAGGAGGAUGAGGAUGACCUGAGCGAGCUGCCCCCGCUGGAGGACGUGGGCCGGCCGGCGGCCCCGCCGCGGGAGGACGCGCAGCCCCCGGAGCGGGUCGGGGGGGACGCGGCCGGGGACCCCCAGGAGUGGCUCGAUGUUUUGGGGAAUGGUUUGCUCAAGAAGAAGACGCUGGUGCCCGGCCAAGGUGUGGAGAGCCGUCCCCAAAAGGGCCAGGACGUGACAAUCCGCCUGAAGGCCACGCUGGAGGAUGGCACCGUGGUGGAAGAGGACCCUGCCCUCACCUUCACGCUGGGGGACUGCGAUGUCCUGCAGGCUCUGGACCUGUGUGUGCAGCUCCUGGAGAUGGGGGAGACAGCUCUGAUCGUGUCAGACGCCAAGUACUGCUACGGAGCUCAGGGCAGGAGCCCUGAGAUCCCCCCCAACGCGUCCCUGACGCUGGAGGUGGAGCUGCUGGCGGCUCGGGACGCGCCGGACCUGGAGCUGCUCAGCGGGAAGGAGAAGAUCCAGCUGGCCAACCGCAAACGGGAGCGCGGCAACUUCUUCUACCAGCAGGCAGAUUACGUGCUGGCCAUCAACUCCUACGACAUUGCCCUCAGGAUUGUGGGCUCCAGCUCCAAAGUGGAUUUCAGCCCGGACGAGGAGGCCGAGCUGCUGGACGUGAAGGUGAAGUGUCUCAACAACCUGGCGGCCUCGCAGCUGAAGUUGGACCAUUUCAAGGCAGCUCUCAAGUCCUGUAACCUGGUGCUGGAGCACCAGCCGGGGAAUAUCAAGGCUCUUUUCCGAAAGGGGAAGGUGCUGGCUCAGCAGGGAGAGUACAGAGAGGCCAUUCCCAUCCUGAAGGCAGCGUUGAAGCUGGAGCCUUCAAACAAGACCAUCCACGCUGAGCUCUCCAAGCUGGUGAAGAAGCACGCGGACCAGAGGAACGUGGAGACGGAGAUGUACAGGAAGAUGCUCGGGAAUCCCAGCACUGCCAGCACCCCCAGGAAAUGCAAAGACAAACUGCCCUGGUCCAUCCCCUGGAAGUGGCUCUUCGGCGCGACAGCCAUCGCGCUGGGCGGCGUGGCCUUGUCCGUGGUCAUCGCGGCCAGGAACUGAGGGUGGCACCGCCGGGGUGGCCCCUUGGCACAGGACCGGUGCCAGCUCCUGCCUCUCUCUGCCGAGGGGCUCCCCCGAGGCUCUGCCACCCCUUCCCGCGGGCUCGCAGCUCCAGGAGCACGGAUGCUUUCCCUGCCGGAGGUGCCGGAUCUCUCUCCUGACGUUCCCCAAAUCCCUCCUGGCACGGGUGGGUGCAGGGACCCCUGGGCAGCCUCCUGGCAAUCAGGGGCUGAGCCCCCAGCCCCGAGGGUGUCGGGGGGGCUCAUCCCCCAGCCCCUAGGGUGUCGAGGGGGUCUCAUCCCCCAGCCCCGACGGUGUUGGGGGGGGUCUCAGCCCCCAGCCCCUAGGGUGUUGGGGGGGUCUCAGCCCCCAGCCCCUAGGGUGUU